AGGAGCGACCACGAGACGAAACACGACGAGGCGCAUCUGAACCCACAGCGCUCGAGCCCAGAGGAUAACGGAACGCUCGCGAGGAAUCUGAAGAUGGAGAUGUUCCAGGCUGGUUAUUUCACUGAGGACUUCAGGACUCAGGAGGUUCCUGUUGGAUUUGAUUUCAGCUCCUAUGACUACAGUGGUGAAGACCUGUCCUUUUUGUUAGACAGUAAAGGCCCGGGCCAGUCGCAGUACAUGGACACGUACGCAGAACCGCACAAGGAGCAUGUGAACACCUCCAAAGUUCACUCCACGGAUUCAGGCUUAUUUAAUCUGGACACUUUCCCAGAGUUCAGCAGCUGGACAUCGUACACCAGCGUUCCAGACAGUAUGGUGAUGGACAGACAGACAGGAGGAUUUCAGGAUUCCGCCACUCAGACGUAUCAGAGUCUGUUCCCGGCGUGUUCAUCGUCCCAGAGCGGCCCGUUCGGCCCGGCCGUGGACUCCGCCAGACAUUACCGUCCCGCCAAAGAGCUGGACCACAGAGCGGCAUCCGGUUUAGAGCAUGCAGGUGAUGCAGAGAGAACCUACCCUUUAUACGAGACCGAGACCCAAAACAAACCCGUACCUUACUGGCCAGAUUAUUCUUCAUCGGGUUACUGUGGUCAGAUGCUCGCUCAUCCUCCGUCAUCCUCCUCUCCGGCUCCACUCACCUCCGAGACAUUUUCUCCUCGUGUGGUGAAGAGACGCAACACCAUGACAUCUCAGAGAAUGGACAGAGACAGCGAGGUGUCUCCAGGGAUGUCCGCUUACCCAGGAUCAGGACCGAUUCAGCUGUGGCAGUUCCUCCUGGAGCUCCUCUUAGACUCGACGUGUCACACCUUCAUCACCUGGACCGGAGACGGCUGGGAAUUCAAAAUGUCCGACCCUGCAGAGGUGGCUAAAAGGUGGGGUCAGUGCAAGAACAAACCCAAAAUGAACUACGAGAAGCUGAGCCGUGGCCUGCGCUACUACUACCACAAGAACAUCAUCCACAAAACCGCCGGCAAGCGAUAUGUCUACCGUUUUGUCUGCGACGUACAGAGCAUGCUCGGGAAAAGUGCCCAAGAAGUUCUGGCUAGCAUGAACAUCUCACCGGUGAGCGCAGGAACGCAGACGCCGGCCAAGUCCGAGGAGACCGCAGACGUCUGGCAGCAUUAACACACAGUGCUAGAAAAAAAAAAGUGUUACAAAGUAGAUCCAACAACGUCCUCAUCGACUUCUUCCGGAAGUGAACUACAUCACCUAAGCACUUGCAGCACGAGAGGACAAGGUUCUGAUGCUUAACUGCUGACUAGCUAGUGCUCAAUUAUUUUUACACUAAUACACACCUUCACACACUCCAGCGCUGGACUUCUGGAGGAUUCUAAAGUAACACAAUGGAUCCUACGGUGGACAGAGUGGACCAGGAGGGGACAUAUUAAAUAUAGAACAGAACUGUCCUUGUUUAUUAAGGGCCGCUUUCACAGAACCAGGUGCGAGAUUCUGCACUCGGGUUCUAAACAGAGGACUUUCAUCCCCGGAUGAUGGGUUGCCACGGAAACCAAAUCACUUUUUAUGUUUUUUUUACUCGGACUUUAUGAGGACAUGAACAGGAAGCUUCAUGUGUCCUUCAGUAAUCAAUGCAACUUCUCAUCUUUUAAAACAUAUCUAUUUUAUAUGUAUGUAGAUGUAUAUAAAUAACGUGUAAUGUGUUUAGCUACCUCUCCUAGCAUCAAAACACCAACCAAUGAUGUAUCCUAGUGAUUAGUCUGUGAUUAGUUUGUCUCCAUCACAUUGUGAAUUACUGUAAAUAAAUUGUUAUAUAAAAUCAAA